AUGGCAUCCUUAGCACCUGCGUUACCGCUUUCCUCGGCAUCCUCAACCGCCUCUCUCCCAUAUCAUCUCACCAUCCGGUUUUCAAAUUCCCUCCCAGAUCUGGACCUAGAUGUCCCAUCUCCGCAAACCACCACAAUUCUAUCUCUGAAGAACCUCAUACGAGAGCGCCUCUCCUCGCGGAACCGCCUUCGCUUCAUCUACCAGGGCCGCCUCCUCCCCGAUUCCUCAGCCCUCAGUUCCAGCAUCAAGCCACCUCCUGCCCCGUCUUCAUCCCCAUCAACUCAUGACAGUGAUUCCAAGAGCAGAUCCAAAGGAAAGGGCAAAUCUGUGGACGGUGGCACGACUCCUGUAAGGAUAUACAUCAACUGCUCUAUUGGCGAUGAGCUCUCGCCCCAAGAACUCGCCGAUGAGCAGGCGGCUGCGGCCAACCCCCCUGAUGAAUCAUCGAGCGCUGCCUCAUCCCAUCCAAAUGGCAAUCCCUCAUCAUGGACACGACCUCGUCCACGUGGUUUCGACCGUCUCCUCCAGACAGGCUUCACGCAGUCGGAAAUCGAGACGCUACGCACACAGUUUGCCUCCAUUCGCACAGAAGGCUUUGCGCCGGACGCCAUGCCUUCACCGGACACUCUGCGCAACAUGGAAGAUGAAUGGAUCGACAGCAACGCUGGAGGCAUCCCUUCGUCCAAUGCUGCUACAGAGGACGAUCUCAACGGCAUGUCCAACAUGCUGGACGUUAUGAUUCGCGGCAUGAUGGUGGGGUUCUUUUUUCCCUUGGGGAGUUUGGCCUGGUUACUGCGCUCAGAUGUAUGGAGUGAAAAGUGGCAGGUCUUUGUAGGUUCUGGAGUAGCACUGAGUCUAUUGGUGGGAGUUGUCAUGAGCAUUACCAACAUUUACUACUGA